UCAGUGAUUGAGGAUGAUGAUAAUGGUGAUCAUGUAGAUGAUGAUAAUGAUCCACAAUUGGAUGUUCUGACUGAGAGGGACAACGAUCUGGAAUCAUCAGACAGGGAUUCAGAGGAGAGAGAAGAGGGGAAUUCCGGCAUUCUAUUUUUGGACGCAGGAUCGAAAAAACUGGUCGACGAGGAGAAAGAGGAAACCAGCGAACCCCCUGCUGUGGUUCCCAGAUGGGAGAGAAGGCAGUUGCUACCCUGUCCCCCUGGCCUGGAUGCCAGACCACCGCCUCCCCCCUUUCCCCCCAAGAGGAAGGCUAAACCACCGCUACACCCUACAGGGCCACCGCCGCCGCCCCCUCCACCAGCCCUCGACCCUAGCCAGAGUGUCCCUGUGUUGGGGAGAGUGGUAGGCGAGGGCGCAGGCUGUGAGCUGAGGCCUACAGGGCAUGGGAGAGGGCCUGGAGGCCAGGAGGAGGAUGUGCUGUCAUCCUCAGGGGAUAGGCUGUCUAUGUACUCAGCUGUCAUCCUCAAGUCAGAACGCCGAUUCUCACAGCCCCUUCUGGAUCCUACUCUGGACUCUACAGCACAGAGGGGUGGGGGGGUGCAGCAGUUGGAGACGACUGUGUCCGUGGCAACACAGGACCCUUCCCAGCUGAGGGGGAAGGAUAUAGGGCGCCCCCCUAAAACCUCUGAGCCGGUGGGGAUGGGGGUAAUGGGUGUACCCAAACCCUUGGAAUCGAUCGCACCCAAGCCGCUUAUACCCAAACCUCCACACAGAAACAGAUCUCUGCCCCAGGGACCUGAGAGGAGAGCCCAGGACAGUCCAGAUGGAAGUGCCUCUUCUGGGUCUGAAACGAGGGACAUCCCCCCUGACCUCCAGUCUAUACCUCCAGAGACGGAGGGAGUCAGAGAACCACCAGAGCCUAGCGAACAUAUCGCAGAUGGGAGCGAGAGCUCCAGAACCCCUGCCAAGUUUAGGUGUAACACGGAGGAGGGAGGUUUGAUGGAAGGGGGGAGGAAUUUAGAAGGCACACAUGAAGUUGUGGUUCAGGACGCUGCAACAUGUGGGGGUGUGCUUGGGUCGAAACACCCGAAUAUUAAGACAAUGAAGGGAGGAAAGGUGAAGAAAUUUGCCAAGAAGAUGAUGAGCAGAUGGAAGCAGAGUCGAGAGGAGAAGAGAGGGAAUGGAGAGAUUCAGGAGGACGAUGGAGAAAAAGAGGUGGAGAGCGAAAUGCCAUUGGUGAACCUCCGUCAAGAUCGACAUUCAGUCAGGUUGCAUACCAACAUGUCCGUCAUAGAGGAAGAGGAGGACGAAGAGGAGAAGAGGAGUAGUGAGGCUGCUCCACCGACGAUGGAGCCGCCCAGCCAAGCUGAGACUGAGAGGAAGCCUGUGGGACAGCGUGCACGUUUUCAGAGCUCCUUCAGCUCUUUCAAGUUCAACUUCAGUCCCAUCAGCUUGGUGGACGAGAUUCUAACAGGAGAGGAGUGGUCACCAUUCCUGUCCAUUAAGGACAGUCCCGCACCCUCACUGUCCGUUUACCAAUCAGAGGCUGCUAGCCAACACGGUGGUGAUGAAGGCGACCAAUUAAAGACUGAACCAGAGUUGCGCCUCCCCAACGACGUUCAACAUAACCACGAGGACAUAGGCCAUUCUUUAUAUGAGGAUGUUCACUUCAGCCAAUCAAGUUCGAAUGAGAUUGUGGACAACCAAUGGGACAACAGACAACAGGAAGUAGACAACAACAAUGACACUGGAGCUGAUGCAAUUGCUGUCAUCAAACCGAAGAUACUAUUGGACAAUGAUGCAGCGGAGGAGAGUGAGUUGGACCACUCCAGACCCAUAUCUAAGGACAUCCAUGACUCUAAGUGCCCCAUAAGGAACCAAUCAAAGGACCAUCUUGACUUCUCCUGUGUUAAGUCACUUGGAGUUCUGGACAGUUCUGCUCAGAAACAUAAAAUUCAUCUGAGCAAAAAGAGAAAGCACAGACUUCCGGGGCUAAAGACGAGAAAGACCUUCAAGAUAAGACGCACUGCAAUCAAAGCCCCGGAAAUCAAAUUCCUCAAACCCUCUCCUCCUCCCACCCUCUCUCCCACAUCCCUCCCUUCUUCCUCCUCUCCCUCCUAUGUCUUUCCGUCCUCUGUUUUCUACAGCAUCCCUCCGUCCGCUGAAGAACACGACCCUGGGACAACACCGACACAGGGCAACUUCUCCGUUAAGACCACUGAAUGCAGCAGAAAGCCAGAUUCAAGUCCUAAGCCGCCUCUGUCCAAGUUCAUGACAGUCCUGAGAGACAAAACCAAGAAGAAGAUUCAAUAGUGAAGAGAACUAGGUCUUGGUGAUCAAAUAGUAACCCAUAGCUCCCUCUACUAGCCCCUACCUGCACCCUUCCUCUAGCCCCUACCUGCACCCUACCUCUAGCCCCUACCUGCACCCUACCUCUAGCCCCUACCUGCACCCUAUCUCUAGCCCCUACCUGCACCCUACCUCUAGCCCCUACCUUCACCCUACCUCUAGCCCCUACCUGCACCCUGCCUCUAGGCCCUACCUGCACCCUACCUCUAGGCCCUACCUGCACCCUACCUCUAGGCCCUACCUGCACCCUACCUCUAGGCCCUACCUGCACCUUACCUCUAGGCCCUACCUGCACCCUGCCUCUAGGCCCUACCUGCACCCUACCUCUAGCCCCUACCUGCACCCUACCUCUAAGCUCUACCUGCACCCUACCUCUAGCCCCUACCUGCACCCUACCUCUAGGCCCUACCUGCACCCUACCUCUAGGCCCUACCUGCACCCUACCUCUAGCCCCAACCUCUAGGAUCUACCUGCACCCUACCUCUAUCCCCUACCUGCAGCCUACCUCUAGCCCCUACCUGCACCCUACCUCUAGGCCCUACCUGCACCCUACCUCUAUCCCCUACCUGCAGCCUACCUCUAGCCCCUACCUGCACCCUACCUCUAGGCCCUACCUGCACCCUACCUCUAGGCCCAACCUGCACCCUACCUCUAGGCCCUACUUGCACCCUACAUCUAGCCCCAACCUCUAGGAUCUACCUGCACCCUACCUCUAUCCCCUACCUGCAGCCUACCUCUAGCCCCUACCUGCACCCUACCUCUAGGCCCUACCUGCACCCUACCUCUAUCCCCUACCUGCAGCCUACCUCUAGCCCCUACCUGCACCCUACCUCUAGCCCCUACCUUCACCCUACCUCUAUCCCCUACCUGCAGCCUACCUCUAGCCCCUACCUGCACCCUACCUCUAGGCCCUACCUGCACCCUACCUCUAUCCCCUACCUGCAGCCUACCUCUAGGCCCUACCUGCACCCUACCUCUAGCCCCUACCUGCACCCUACCUCUAUCCCCUACCUGCAGCCUACCUCUAUCCCCUACCUGCACCCUACCUCUAGCCCCUACCUGUACCCUACCUCUAGCCCCUACCUGCAGCCUACCUCUAUCCCCUACCUGCAGCCUACCUCUAUCCCCUACCUGCACCCUACCUCUAUCCCCUACCUGCACCCUACCUCUAGGCCCUACCUGCACCCUACCUCUAGCCCCUACCUGCACCCAGUGGUGUAAAAAUACUUUAAAUUACUACCAAAAGUUUUGAGAAUGACACAAAUAUUAAUUUCUACAAAGUUGGCUGCUUCAGUGCUUCAAUGCUUCAAUGCUUUUAUUGACAAUUACAUGAAGUUGAUGCAAAGAGUCAAUAUUUGCAGUGUUCUUUUUCAAGACCUCUGCAAUCCACCCUGGCAUGCUGUCAAUUAACUUCUGGGCCACAUCCUGACUGAUGGCAGCCCAUUCUUGUAUAAUCAAGACUUGGAGUUUGUCAGAAAUUGUGGGUUUUUGUUUGUCCAACCGCCUCUUGAGGAUUGACCACAAAUUCUCAUUGGGAUUAAGUUCUGGGAGUUUCCUGGCCAUGGACCCAAAAUAUUGAUGUUUUGUUCCCAGAGCCACUUAGUUAUCACUUUUUCCAUAUGGCAAGGUACUCCAUUAUGCUGGAAAAGGCAUUGUUCGUCACCAAACUGUUCCUGGAUGGUUUGGAGAAAUUGCUCUCGGAGGAUGUGUUGGUACCAUUCUUUAUUCAUGGCUGUGUUCUUAGGCAAAAUUGUGAGUGAGCCCACUCCCUUGGCUGAGAAGCAACCUCACACAUGAAUGGUCUCAGGAUACCUUGCUGUUGGCAUGACACAGGACUGAUGGUAGCGCUCACCUUGUCUUCUCAGGACAAGCUUUUUUUCCAGAUGCCCCAAACAAUCGGAAAGGGGAUUCAUCAGAGAAAAUGACUUUACCCCAGUCCUCUGCAAUCCAAUCCCUGUACCUUUUGCAGAAUAUCAGUCUGUCCCUGAUGUUUUUCCUGGAGAGAAGUGGCUUCUUUGCUGCCCUUCUUGACACCAGGCCAUCCUCCAAAAGUCUUCGCCUCACUGUGCGUGCAGAUGCACUGACACCUGCCUGCUGCCAUUCCUGAGCAAGCUCUGUACUGGUGGUGCCCUGAUCCCACAGCUGAAUCAACAUUAGAAGACAGUCCUGGCGCUUGCUGGACUUUCUUGGGUGCCCUGAAGCCUUCUUCACAACAAUUGAACCGCUCUCCUUGAAGUUCUUGAUGAUCCGAUAAAUAUUUGAUUUAGGUGCAAUCUUACUGGCAGCAAUAUCCUUGCCUGUGAAGCCCUUUUGUGCAAAGCAAUGAUGACGGCACGUGUUUCCUUGCAGGUAACCAUGGCUGACAGAGGAAGAACAAUGAUUCCAAGCACCACCCUCCUUUUGAAGCUUCCAGUCUAUUACUCGAACUCAAUCAGCAUGACAGAGUGAUCUCCAGCCUUGUCCUCGUCAACACUCACACCUGUGUUAACGAGAGAAUCACUGACAUGAUGUCAGCUGGUCCUUUUGUGGCAGUGCUGAAAUGCAGUGGCAAUAUGUUUUGGGAUUCAGUUCAUUUGCAUGGCAAAGAGGGACUUUGCAAUUAAUUGCAAUUCAUCUGAUCACUCUUCAUAACAUUCUGGAGUAUAUGCAAAUUGACCAUUCAAACUGAGGCAGCAGGUUUUGAGAAAUUAAUAUUUGUGUCAUUCUCAAAAAUGUUGGCCAUGACUGUACUUUACUUUACUAUUUAUAUUUUGCCUACUUGUACUUUUACUUCACUACAUUCCUAAAGAAAAUACUGUAGUUUUUACUCCAUACAUUUUCCCUGACACCCAAAAGUACUUGUUACAUUUUGACAGGAAAAUGGUCCAAUUCACACACUUAUCAAGAGAACAUCCCUGGUCAUCCCAACUGCCUCUGAUAGGGCAGACUCACUAAACACAAAUGCUUUGUUUGUAAAUUAUGUCUGAGUGUUGGAGUGUGUACCUGACUAUCUGUCAAUAAAAAUACA